UGGCAUUCAAUUUUCAAAUGAUGUGCAUUCCGCCUCGCACAAAUUUCGCUUCACGUUUCACGAAUUUGUGAUGGACAGCUGCUGAAGACGCUGAGUAAACUGUUGAUCAGAAGAAGCUGUUGAUCACGUUCACUGUUUCUGUCUAGAUCCAUUUGAGGAAGGGAGCUAGAUCACAUGCCGAAAGCAGCGCAACUGAAAGCGAGGGACGUCACAAAAGGAUAGCCUGAUAAAAAUGGCGGACGCUAGCUCAUUCUCUCUAGGCGGCCUCAGAUCCUACCUAGGUCCAAAUUUCUUCCAGUCCGAGACUGUAAGGCUUGUGCUGGCAGCUUUUGGGAUCUUGUCAUCCCUCAUGCUGUAUGGGGUACUGCAGGAGAGGAUCAUGAAGGUGCCGUAUGGAGAGGAGCAAGAAUAUUUCAAAUUUUCCCUGUUCCUCGUGUUGUGCAACAGAGCACUCACGUGUUCUGUCUGUGUCGGUCUGUUAUGGGCCCAGUCCAAGUCCCUGAACCCCGUGGCACCACUCUAUUCCUACGCCGCAGUGUCCCUGUCCAAUGUGGUUGCGACCACCUGCCAGUAUGAAGCAUUGAAGUACGUUAGCUUCCCCACACAGACGCUCGCCAAGUGUGCGAAGAUGAUGCCAGUCAUGAUCUGGGGCACAAUCAUCAUGGGAAAGCGAUAUGGGCCGAAAGACUACUUCUUGGCAGUGUUGAUCACUCUGGGCUGCACGGUCUUCCUUCUCACGGGGGAAUCUGAAAAGAAGCAUAAAGCAGCGUCAAGCGACAGCCUCUGGGGCAUCCUCCUAAUGUGUGGCUACCUCGGGUUUGACGGGUUUACCAGUACCUUCCAGGACAAACUGUUCAAGGGGUACCAAAUGGACGUUUGGACGCAGGUUCUCUACACGGGCCUUUGCUCGUCAUUACUCAGCUCACUAGGCCUCAUCAGCUCGGGCCAAUUCUUCGAAGCCAUUAAUUUCGUCAUCAAGUAUCCCGAGUGCUUAGGGAACAUCCUCGUCCUUUCUCUGGCCGCCACCUUCAGCCAGUUCCUCAUCUCGUACACGAUCCGCACGUUCGGGGCGCUCGUGUUUGCGACCGUCAUGACCACCCGGCAGUUCCUGAGCAUCCUGCUCUCGUGCCUCAUCUUCGUGCAUCCGCUCACGUGGGGCCAGUGGCUGGGCACGAUUUUGGUGUUUUCAACUCUGUACUAUAAUACUCUAACAAAGAGUCACCACAAGAAAGCGGCUCCGGCCCCCAAGUCGGUGGACGAUGAAGAAAAGGUACCGUUGAAAAGCGCGCCAGCUCCGUCGGGGGCUUCUGAGAGGGCCUAGAUCAACGACACUGGAAAUACCAUGCAAAGGCUCAAUAUCUGCAGGGAUAUAAGAAUGGGUGUAACGAUAAAUAGACGGCCUUAGGACUUGGUUUCCUGGUCCGCGCGCCCGAUCAUUAUGUACUGCUGCCGUGGGGCACGUGUCUAAUACGUCCCUCGCAAAGAGCCCCCGUACUUCUAUAGGUGUCUAAAUGCGCUAGGGAUUGGAUUUGACAAGGUUCUUGGUAAUUUGUAAAAGCCACUGGACUAUUGAUUGUUCAACUUGAAGGCAAAUUAGUGUCUCAACUCAGGGAAGUACAGGAACAAUCAAUGACGCUCCGCCUGAGGGUGCAGCCAAAUUGCUCAGAUUGGAUCAAUCCUCGGUCCUUGAUUCCCUCGCAGGGUCGCUGGACACUUUGUCACUCAAUCUAGGACCUACUAUCGUUCCGCCCCAAAAAGUUAAGGCAAGUCACGGCG